AUGGCGGAUCGCGCCGAGAUGUUCUCGCUCUCCACCUUCCACUCGCUCUCCCCGCCGGGCUGCAGGCCCCCCCAGGACAUCAGCCUGGAGGAGUUCGACGACGAGGACCUGUCGGAGAUCACGGACGACUGCGGGAUCGGACUCAACUAUGACUCAGACCACUACGAGAAGGACUGCCUGGUGCUGGAGCGCAGCGAGCAGCCGCACCCCGUGUGCACCUUCCAGGAUGACUUCCAGGAGUUCGAGAUGAUCGACGACAACGAGGAAGAGGAGGAGGAGGAAGAGGAGGAGGAGGAAGUCAACGGGCUGGAAGCCCCACCGUCACCUUCGGCCUCGCCCAUCCCCUCGCCCGCCGCGGAGGAGACGCAGAAGCACCGGCCCACCACGCUCAACCUGACGGCACCGGGCACCCAGGACUCCCUGAACAACAACGGCAGCUACCCGCCUCCCGCUCCCGUGCAUCGGACCACGUGGCAGGAUGCCCUUCUCCAUUCCUCCUCCUCCUCCUCUUCCUCGCACACCGGGCACGUGUCUCCGCACCCCUGCAUCCAGGACGGACCCUGCCUGGAGAGCCGGAGGGCCCCGGGGCCGAGCCCGGGGGAGGCCGCCCCAGCCUCGGCCCCGGCCCCGGCCCCACAGCCACCCUCCCGCUUCGACGUGGAAGGCAACAGCGGCAACCCGCCGCCCGGGAGCGCCGGGGAGGAUUACAACAUGAACAUCAUCUCCACCUCGCCGAGACCGCCGCCGUCCCCGCCGCGCCACCGCCAGCCGCCCCCCACGCCGCCUCGCUCCCCCACCGGCUCGCGGCACGGCGCGCCGCCGUGCGAGGAGGAGCCGGGCACCGGAGCCCCCGCCGGCCGGGGCGCGGGGCGGGGGGCCCGGCCGCCGGGCACCUUCGCCGGCCUGGCGGAGCCGCUCAGCUCCGACGGCGAGGGCCCCCACCGUGGGCGGGCGGCCGGCGCGCGCGGGCGCCCCUCGGGCUCCUCGGAGACCACCUCGCCCUCCUCGGACCCCGGCAUCGAGGCUGACCUCACCAGCAGGAACUCCAAGCCGUUCCUGCCCUGCAGCCGGCACAGCGAGGACCUCAGCUCGCCCGGCUCCGACUCGGACGUGGAGGGGGAGAUCGAGGCGGCUUUCGCCUCCGGGCGCCUGGUCAGCAACAUGAUCUCGUCCAUCUCGGAGACGGAGCUCGACCUGAGCAGCGACAGCAGCAGCGGCAGGUCCUCCCACCUCACCAACUCCAUCGAGGAGGCGAGCUCCCCCACCUCGGAGGCCGAGCUGGAGACGGAGCUGGAGGCGCCGGGCGUCAUGGGCAUCAAGGACUCCUUGCUGCUGGACAAGGGCAAGGAGGAGGACGAGGAGACCCUGGAGAGGCAACUCCCGGAGAACGGCGUGGUGAGGCGGGAGAGCCUGGCAGAGCUGAAGAUGGAGGGUUACUACGACAGCCUGAACCCGGAGGACUCCUCCGCGCCUGUGGACCAGACAGAGAUCGACCCGGACCACAGUCUGGAGAGCAUCCGGCGCUCCUUCUACCUGCCUGUGGGGCCCAAGCUCAUGCCCGAGGCAGACGACGAGGACAACAGCGAGUACGACUCGGACUCGGAGUCGGAGCCCGACCUCAGCGAGGACUCGGACUCGCCUUGGCUGCUCAGCAACCUUGUCAACAAGAUGAUCUCGGAGGGCUCCUACCCCAUCAAGUGCCCGGACGAGUGUUUCCAGCAGACCCACUCGCUCUGCGACACCAUCUCCCCAGCCUCCGACCUGGAGCCCGAGCUGCUGAGCGAGGCGCUGGACGGGGAGCCCGGCUUGCGGGACUCCCCGGUGAGCGAGGCGGAGCCGGCCGCGCUGUCCUGCUCCCAGCGCAGCAUCGAGCUGGUGGACAUGGAGACGCUGCGCACCUCCCUGCAGCGUGCCGAGGAGGAGCGGUCCCCGAGCGCUGGCGCCGGGAUGGAGCCGGCGCCGGAGCCGCCCGUGGACGACCCGGGCCCCUACCUCUUCCUGAGCAACCCCACCAACGACACCAUCGCGCCCGUGUUCCCGGGGCGCCCCGUCGCCCUCGACCGCCUGGGCGGCUCUGAGGUCCUGGCCACCUUUGGCUGCUGCACGGGGCCGCCCCGCGCCGCCCCACGCGGCUCCCCCGGCAGCACGGCCGGCACGGACGCCGCCCCCGGGGAGCCCCGCGCCGAGGGAGAGCCCGCGGCUGGCCCGAAGGACUGGGCCAUCGACAAGGACCUGGACUCGGGCAUCCUGGAGGACAACGACAUGAUCGACGACGUCCGGUUAGAACCCCUGGGGCAGGACCCCGACGCCCUCCCGCCCGCCCUGGACGUCUCCACCGCCAAGACCAACCGCUGCUUCACCAUGGCCUACUCCACGGACGAGGACGAGGCGCCCUACCUCGGCAGCCUGAAGGGCUCCCCGUUCCCCGAGGACCCGCGGGCCUUCGCGGGGGACCUGCCGCUGCCGCCGGCCCCCGAGGCGCUGGAGCCGCGGGCGCUGGACGAGUCCCUGGCCUACGACUCGGUGAAGUACACGCUGGUGGUGGACGAGCACACGCAGCUGGAGCUGGUGAGCCUGCGGCGCUGCACCUCGGUGCUGAGCGACGACAGCGACCUGCUGCGCGCCUGCGACCACUGCGACCUGGAGGACGAGGCGGCCUUCGGGGACGGGCUGGCGGCCCCCGACGCCCAGAGCUCCUCCGAGGACUCGUCCCCGGAGGCCGACCUCCAGUUCUCCAAGAAGUUCCUUAACGUUUUCGUCAACAGCACGUCCCGCUCCUCCAGCACCGAGUCCUUCGGGCUGUUCUCCUGCAUGGUGAACGGGGAGGAACGGGAGCAAACCCACCGGGCCGUCUUCAGGUUCAUCCCGCGCCACGAGGACGAGCUGGAGCUCGACGUGGACGACCCCAUCCUGGUGGAGCUGGAGGAGGACGACUACUGGUACCGGGGCUACAACAUGCGAACGGGGGAGCGCGGCAUCUUCCCCGCCUUCUACGCCCACGAGGUCGUCGGCCAAGCCCGCGACGUGAUGGGCCUGAAGAGAAACCCGUGCUGGGUGGAGCGGUUCAACGUGCAGUUCCUGGGCUCCGUGGAGGUGCCGUACCACCAGGGCAACGGCAUCCUCUGCGCGGCCAUGCAGAAGAUUGCCACCACCAGGAAGCUGACCGUGCACUUGCGCCCGCCGGCCAGCUGCGACCUGGAGAUCACGCUGCAGGGCAUCAAGCUCAUCCUGACGGUGAACGAGUACAGCCGGGACGAGGAGCGGUGCAGCCACUUCUUCCAGAUGAAGAACAUCUCCUUCUGCGGGUGCCACCCCCGGAACAGCUGCUACUUCGGGUUCAUCACCAAGCACCCGGUGCUGAGCCGCUUUGCCUGCCACGUCUUCGUCUCCCAGGAGUCCAUGCGGCACGUCGCCGAGUGCGUCGGCCGGGCGUUCCAGGAGUAUUACCAGGAGCACCUGGAGUACGCCUGCCCCACAGAGGACAUCUACCUGGAGUAAGGGGGCGAGUCACCCUGGCUCCUGCUUCCGUGCCCCCCUCCAGCCCCACAGCUGGCCAGAGACUCUGUCCGACCCCGACCAGCCGGCUUGGCCCCUCCUGCACAUGCUCCAGCCCGUGCCCCACGGACCCACCGCACAUCCUCGCCGCUCUGUGGGGCGCCGCCGCCCCCCCGCCUGAGCAUC